AUGCUGAAGGAGUUUCGGAUCUCUCUCUCACUCUUUUUGCUGUUCGCUUGUGGAUUCCUGUAUGAAAUGACCAUGAAACCCAAAUGUUUCUUUUCCUGUACACCUGCAUACAAGGAUGUGAUGAGACCUGAGAACAUUUUGAGACAUAACAGAAAAAUUGUAUUCCUGGAGACCACUGAUCGGCUGGAGCCUUCUCCCUUAGUUUCAUGUGCUGUUGAGUCUGCAGCUAGAAUUUACCCUGAUAGGUCUAUUAUUUUUUUAAUGAAAGGGCUUGAUAACAAUUCUACUCAUUUUCCAUUAAAUGCUACCUACUCAGGCUCUUCCAUCUUGUCAGCAAUUGAGAAUGUCUUCUUUUCCCCUCUUAAUAUGGAAACUUUGCUACAGGAGACACCCCUCUUCUCAUGGUAUACUCAAGUAAAUUCCAGUGCAGAAAAGAGCUGGACCCACAUCAGUUCAGAUGCUUGCAGGCUUGCUUUCAUCUGGAGAUAUGGUGGAAUCUACAUGGACACUGACAUAAUUUCCAUCAGACCCAUUCCAGAGGGUAACUUUCUGGCAGCACAGACCUCUAAAUUCUCUAGCAAUGGGGUUUUUGGGUUCCACCGUCAUCAUCCUUUCAUUUGGGACUGUAUGGAAAAUUUUAUUGAGCACUACAAUGGGGACAUUUGGGGCAACCAGGGUCCUGAACUAAUGACAAGAAUGCUGAGGCUAUCAUGUAAUCUUACAGAUUUUCGGGAGGUGAAAGAUCUCCAAUGUCCAAACUUAUCCUUCUUACAUCCCCAGAGGUUUUACCCCAUCUCGUACCCAGAAUGGACACGUUACUAUGAGGUCUGGGAUGUGGAACCAAGUUUCAAUGAUUCCUAUGCCUUGCAUUUAUGGAACUAUAUGAACCAGGAGAAGAAGACUGUGAUUAGGGGGAGCAACACAUUGGCAGAAAAUCUUUAUCGAAAGUACUGUCCCAUAACUUACAAGAAUCUCAUUCAAGGCAAGGAGAGAAUGGAUAAAGGGGGAUUGAAAUCUCCCCCCUCUCCCCCCUAUAAAUAA